AAUCAUUUCUUCUGCUGAAGAGAAACAAUCCGAUAGCCUCAUCAAAAGCGUGAAACGUACUGCACAAUCCCUUAUCUUACCACGCGUAAAACUCUGUUGGUAAAGAAUUCUAACUAAUAAAAACAAAACCAAUCACAAUUCUUGAUUUUCAAUCUCUUCUUGUUUUGAAUUGCCUACAAAAUCGAAAUUAUGAAAGCGUGGAAAGGGGUCUUCCUUUUAUUGGCUGUUCUUUGCUUAAGCUCGGUCGAUGGCCAAAGCAGCGAGUCUGAGAGUGAUCAAGAAGUCGAUAAUGAUGACGAGGUUACGCUCGAGACUGUAUCAAGUUCCUUCUCGGCGGAGGAGGCAGAGGCUAUUCUUGAAGAACACAAUCGUCUUAGGGGAUUGGUUUCACCAGAGGCCUCCAAUAUGCUAGUCAUGGAAUGGGAUGACGUAUUGGCUUCUACUGCUCAGAAGUGGUCCGACAGGUGCGUUUUCGAACAUAGUUCCCUUACAGGACGCUCCGCUGGGUCAGGAUUCACAUGGGUAGGACAAAACCUUUUCGCAGCGACGGGAUCUGCAGCUGAUAUUGGUGUCCGAGGGACAGUGUAUUGGUACAAUGAGACCUUUCAUUACGACUAUGAGGCUAACACUUGCACUCCUAAAAAAGAGUGCCGUCAUUACACUCAGGUUGUAUGGGCUUCUACGCAUGCUGUUGGAUGUGGAAAAUCAUUUUGCUCAAAGUUAACUAUUCCUGGAGAGGAGGGCAUGACAGACGCUACUUUCGUCACUUGCAAUUAUGGCCCCGCGUAAGUUUGACAUGAUUGCUGAUUUUAACCAUAUGACAACAACAAAAACAGUUAUUCUACUACUUCUACUAUAGGUUUUCCCGCUCAAUUUUAAAUAGUUCAUUCAAUUUCGCUAAAGAUCAACCAAAAAUUCAAACUAGUCAUUCAAAAUCGCCAUAGGGCCGCCAAAAAUUCAUAAUGGGCAUUCAGUUUGGCUAUAGAGCAAUCAAAAGUGUAAAAAAAUCAUUCAGAUUCGCCAUAGUUAACACCGGAGGUCACGUGACUGAAGACAGAGCGUUCAAUUUCGCUAUUGGGUAUCCAUGUUCAUAACUAGUGCAUUCAAUUUAGCACUGUAUUUACAUGACUUGUAAUACAUAUUCAAACAUUCUUUGCUUGUUUUUCCCAACCUGCAGUAUGUGUGCCACCAGUGACCAUUCAUAAAACUGCACUGGACAAUUUACAUUAUUCUUUACAGAUGCUUGUAAAAAUCAUGUAAAUUACAUAAAAGCAGUGGCCUGCUUGUUUAGGAAGUUAUAUACCAUCUGCAAUUACGAUAUCAUAUUAAGUAUAUACAUUUAGUUAUUGUUUUUUAAAGAAUAUAAAAGGUUAAAAAAGAAUUACAUAAGGGAAGAAAACCGUAGUCAAUGUCUUAAGUUUUGAUGAAAAUAUAAUUGUUUUAAAUGAUUAAAGUCAUAUGAAAACAGAUCCAUGAUAAAAAGAACAUUAAACGUAAAUAUGAAAGAAGAAAAUCAUGAUAUUGUAUACAUGCUAUGAUUAUGUCUCUAGUCAAUGCAUAUAUCGAAGAGAUGGUGCAAAUGACAAGAAAAUAUACAUU